GUAUUGACAACCGGACGGGACGGUGGACUGCGGUGAUAAACACAAACACGCAGUCCGAGUCCAGUGACAGCGGGGACGUCAGUGGAGCUUUUCGGAGCAUCUCUCUCUUGCUCCCAGCGGCCUUUGACGCGUGAAAACCCAGGGACACGUUGAGGUUUGAAGAGCCGUUCAAGGAGACUCGUCGCCAGAGCGGGCAAGCGAGCGUGCGAGCGGCCGUCCUUGCGAGGCUCGUCUCCCGGGCUCCCCUCACCUCUCCUCGGGGGACGGCUUAUCGAACGUCCCGUUGGCGACAUGACCGAGCUCCGGCAGCGAGGAGGCGGCGGCGAUGGCAAGGGCGUUGGGGAGGACCCGGACAGCAAUGACAACCUGAGCGACAAGGAAGUGGCAUGUGAGGACGACAGGUUGAUGGGCAUGCAGGGAGACACAGAGGGCGAGUGCGACGUAGACACCAAAGCGGAUGGAUCCGAUGUACCGGCUUCCACGGCAGACACAGAUAACACACCGCAGUGCCUCAACAAGGCUCUGGAGGGGCUGCCGCCCAGAUGGAAGAAUUACUGGAUCCGAGGAGUUUUAUCCCUCGCCAUGAUAUUCGGAUUUUUCCUCAUCAUCUACCUGGGACCAAUCGCUCUCAUUUUGAUUGUGAUGACGGUGCAAAUCAAGUGUUUCCAGGAAAUCAUCACAAUCGGCUACAAGGUCUAUCGCUCCUACGACCUGCCCUGGUUCCGUACGCUCAGCUGGUACUUCCUGGUGUGUGUCAACUACUUCUUCUACGGCGAAACACUGGCCGACUACUUUGGCGCUCUGGUGCAGAGAGAGGAGCCUCUUCAGUUCCUGUCCCGCUACCACAGAUUCAUCUCCUUCGCCUUGUACUUGGCAGGGUUCUGCAUGUUUGUGCUGAGUUUAGUGAAGAAACAUUACCGCCUGCAGUUUUACAUGUUUGCGUGGACCCAUGUGACACUGUUGAUUGUGGUGACUCAGUCGCACCUUGUCAUUCAGAACCUGUUUGAAGGAAUGAUCUGGUUCAUUGUGCCCAUCUCCAUUGUAAUCUGCAACGACAUCGGAGCCUAUCUCUUCGGCUUCUUCUUCGGCCGCACUCCGCUCAUCAAGCUCUCACCCAAGAAGACAUGGGAGGGAUUCAUCGGCGGUUAUUUCUCCACCGUCAUCUUUGGAUUCAUUUUGUCGUCGCUGCUGUCCCAGUUCCAGUACUUUGUGUGUCCGGUGGGCUUGAGUAGCGAGAGCGGCAGCCUGUUCACGGUGGAAUGCGAGCCAUCCGACUUGUUUGUGCUGCAGGAGUACAAACUACCCGCGCUCGUACGCAACUUUCUCCUGCCUUGGGAAACGGUGACGCUGUACCCGUUCCAGAUCCACAGCAUCUUCCUGUCGUCCUUCGCGUCGCUCAUCGGUCCAUUCGGCGGUUUCUUCGCUAGCGGCUUCAAGCGAGCCUUUAAGAUCAAAGACUUUGCCAGCACCAUCCCGGGACACGGAGGCAUCAUGGACCGUUUUGACUGUCAGUAUCUGAUGGCCACCUUCACCCAUGUUUACAUUGCCAGCUUCAUCAGGGGCCCCAAUCCGAGUAAAGUCCUGCAGCAGCUGCUGAUGCUGCAGCCCGAGCAGCAGGUGAGUAUCUUCAACACGCUCACCGCGCACCUCAAGGACCGAGGGUUGCUGCCCCCCACAGCCUGAGGGACGAGUAUUCACACAACAGAGACUUGAAACCUGCACUCACUGAGGAUUUAACAAAACAGUCAAAAAAAGAGCCCUUGCCCCGCAAAAAAUAGAAGUCUUCCGGCGACUUUGGAGCUCUGCGCCAUCUUUGACCUGGUUGAAGGCCACGAUGCACUGACACGCUGACAAAUCAAGAUGUUGGCAAGCACCCACUUUAGACCGCGCUCUCGUCCCGUUCCGUCACCAAAGUACAACACGCACAUGCUACAUACUAAUGUACAUAAAAAUUAUUAAUGUAUAGCUACUGAUGUUAAUAUAUAUGCAAAAAAAAAACUAUGAAAAAUACAACUUAACUAUGUAGCUAGCUAGCAUGUACACAUUUAGUAGAGUUGAACAUUUAGAAUAUGAACAAAGUUUUAUAUUUUAAGAGUAGUUUAUCAAAUUAUAUGAAGUUAAAAAACGCUAGAAUAACCAGCACGUUCUGCACCAGGUGGAAAAACGCUAGCAACUAGCAGCGAUGCUAAUAGGCUAGAGCUUCCUAGCGAAAUGUUAGCAUUUUAUUCCUAAAUGUAGUUGGACGGGCGCGUGAAAAAUGUUAGAUUGACAAAAUGUUCGACGCAAUAAACUCAAUUUUUGACGUUAACUAGCUGCGAAACCACAAACCCGUUAGCAAUGUACUACUGAAGAAAAAGCACUAAAAAGUUUCUACCGCUAAUUAAGCGGUCCGCACUGAGCGCCACUUUUUAAUCGAUGCUUUUAACACGUGAAAUAGUUUGAAGGUUUGCCACAUAGAUAUUAUUUUCGCAAAACUUACUGCAGAUUAUAUGCAAAUUUUCUCCAAAUAUUGUCACGAUACGUCAGAUGGAGAAAAGCUUUUACCAAAGCUUUUUUUUUUUUUCUCGAGUUGUUUUUGACUUUCUGCUGCUUUCCUCUGGAAAGACUGAGUUUUUCUUUUUCCAGGACCUUUUAUUUUGAAAAUCUUAACUGGGACCAUAUGAGCAGGUUUCAUUAUAAAAGCAUGUCACUUGCCAUUACAGCUGCCGAUUGAGUUUUUAUGAAUAUAGAAAAAUACAUAGAAUGCAACACACAAAAGGCUUUCCAGACUCAAAUUAGGAAGAAGUCAAAAUUCUGUAAAGAAACGAGACUUGCGCCUUAAAGCCAGUUGAGCAAUGCAACAUGUCACUACUGUAUCUUGCUCCUCAUGCUUCAACCAACCAACAAAUAGAUUUAGUUUUACACUGUUAUAAUAAGAAAUAUUUGAAAGGAAUUGGUAGAGCCUGCAGUCAGAUAGCUCACAGGGCGUGUAUUUUUUCAUUCUCUGUAAUUCUGUGGCUUGGUGCGAAUGGAACCCCAAAAGGGUCCAAAUUGAAUAGAUAAAAACAAAAUUUACAAAUAAAUACCAUUUUGAUAAAUAACAAAUUUGUGUGACAUGGUCCUUAAACUGUAAAACAAGGUAAUAUUAUUAUGAAAAAGAUUUUUCCAAGAUAAAAAGCAUUUUUCACAAUGUUUUUUUUUUUUCAUAAUGCCUUAUUACUUCACGUUGUUUUUUCAGCACGAUAUUUUACAAGAUAAAAAGCGGAUUUCACAGGCACUUUUUUUCAUUGUCUUUUUUCCAAAAUGGCCUUUUUAUUUCAUAACGUCGUUUAUCAGCAGAAUGAAUUGUCUUCUGUCAAUCAAAUACAUAAGGCGCAGUCAGUUAAGUGACUGGCUAUGUCGUGGAGUCUGGUCGUAAGCAUUUGAUAGCGUCGAUGAACUAUUGGGUAAACUUCCAUAAAGCAUUGUCACUACUAAACACGUGCUGGUUACCGGUUUCAAAGUAUUGCGUGGUAUGCAAAGGUUUCAAAACCACUAAAAUUUUCCGUCAUACCGUUACUACGUUAUUAGCUACUUUUUUAUGUCCCAAAGGUAGAAAUCCCUAUCUUGCAGCUGAAGGGCUCACCUCUCCCCCUCCGGUUGUUGCUCAGUGAGUCAGCUGUGCUACACGAUGGCUGGAGGAGGUGAAACACCUGAACUUUGUCAUUGGUAUGGGAAUACUUCAGCUACAGAAAAGUUAGACGGUCGCGGCUGAGAAGAAGAGGGCCAUCCGUCAUGUAAAACAUGUUUGCGGAGGGUGGCUGCCAGACGAGGCAGUACCUCCAAUAUGAUUUGGACCAAUCCAAUAUGAAUAUGACGUGACCACCGGUUGCUUUAUACAAAAUUAAAGGUUAGUAAACGCUGUUAUGAACGUUUCCCACCAGCUACGAGAGUUAACUCCAGCGUGUUUAGUGUGUCUAGCGGUGGUAAAACAAAAUGGAAAUUUGACAAUAAUUUAAUUAUUUUUGUUCUGAUGAUAAUAGUAUCGAGCUGUGGCUGAGGGUUUGGGCUAACUUUAAGGACUGCAUUUAUUUUCAUUUAAUUUAGAAUUUUUCAUUAUACUUAUGUUUCAAUUUGCUGAUAUGUUGUUUUGAAAAAUAAAAAUCCUAUUCAAUGAAAAAAAAAACCAGACAUCUCAAAAUAACACAUUUUAGAGCUGUAAUUGUAAUACCAUGAUAUUUUUGCUUCAGGUUAUUAUAUUGUCAGAAUCUCAUACCGGCACAUGCCUAAACUGACUAUCCAAUCGUGACGAGCUACCGGAUCGCGACGGAUUGCUACUGCACACGAGCGAACCGACGCCAUUUUCUUCGAUGAUUGACAGGAGAUAUAGAUAUGUAUGUGCUAGAUUAAACAAUAAAUAUUUAGUUUUUUUUGAGGGAGGUGACAAUUGUCUCUGAAGGGUUUACUUGGGAUGAGGGGACAGUAAGACUGUUUGGACUGCGCUGUUUAAAUUCUUGAAAGACAGUUCAAGAAUUUCUCAUUCAUUUCUCAUCUCAUUCUUGUACACUAGAAAGCUGCUUGCAAUCCGCCAUUAAUCAAAAGAUUUUUUAACGUGCUGCGAUGUCCCUAAGGUGAUUUAUGUUCAAUUUAGACAUAUAAAACAUUAUUAUUCAACCAACAUGCCAGUUAAUUCAAAGGAUAAUUAAUUUAUAUGUCCGAAUCUCUCCAACCUAAAGCCAACGGGGGAAGUGACGUAGCGCAAUCACGUGAGCAGCCGGUGUCAAUUGGGUAGCUGCACUGCGCAUGCGCGUUAAAGUUCUUCUUGCAAUCAAUUUUCAGGUGAUUACCGUAAGCCUGAGCGACAUGACACAAACUGCUAUCAUGAUAAGUUUUCUUAUCAGUCGAAAUUGGCAAUUUUCACGAUCAUUUUUUCUUUAAAAUUUGAAAUCUGAUUUUCCCCGAGUGAAAGUUGACAAAACCAGAUGCUGCUUUAAACCGAUCUUUAAAGAGCAUAUGACAUGAGGAAAAAAAAGUCUUAAAUAGCAUUAUUAUGUGAAUUUGAAUCAUAUUAUGGGACAAUUCGACUAUAUACAACAAUUUCGCAAAGCGCAGAUGACGAGAAAUUAGUCUUUUAAUCAGCCGGUUAGCCACGUCUACCGUUAUAGGGCUCUAGCGUCCCCAACAGGUGGAUGACGUCAGCGGGAGACUGGGCUCAUCGGUUUUACUAUUCAGCCCAUUGAGGGGGAAUUAUUCAGAACGAGGAAAACGUGAUGAAGAGAGCCGCAAAAUGUCAUUGUUUCAGUCUCUCUACUCCAAUAUUUUUACAGGAUAUUCUUUUUAUCCAAGUAUUUUUUCCCCCAAUAACUAAAUAAAUGGCUUGAGAAGGGCCAGUCAGCCCGUCGAGGGGGAACAAUUCACAACGAGGAAAACGCGACAAAGAGAGCUGCAAAAUGUCAUUGUUUCUGUCUCUUUACUUCAAUGUUUUCACAGGAUAUUCUUUUUAUCCAAGUAUUUUCCCCAAUUGCUAAAUAAAUGGCAUGGUCAUGACAAAUUACAGUCUUGUGCUAAAUGAAAUAUGAAAUAAUAAAAAUGCACUUAUUCAGGACGACAUGGCAAAAUUACUCCAUAAUGGUCAAAACUGUCGACUUCACCUUUACUGUUGCACCUCCCGAAUGAUAUUUUAUGACACCUAAAUCGGACAUAUGUCAUUUCCCUUCCCCGGCUUCGGAGCAUCUAAACAAACCAAGAGGCGUGACAGCUAGCCGACAUGCUAACCCGAACCGAGUGAUGUUUCAAAGUCUUCGAAGCGGAAAAUCACACAAAACUAGCCCGUAUUAUUUGACAUGACGACUGGGUUGUCGAUUGUCUUCGCAGAUCGGCAAACCGCCCGGCGGAGAGCAAUUUACAGUUCGUUCCCCGGAGGAGGGCGGCUGCAAUUGUUGUGCAGCUAACGUGCAGCUAAUGUGCAUUAGGAGAGCUUUUUACAUGCCGAUCAAUGAUAAAACAUAGGUAGUCUUUUAUUUAAAGAAAGUUUGUAGUGUUUACUUUGUAAUCGCUGUAUUAAUAUUUGACAUAAUACAAAACAAGAUGUUUACUCACUUCCUCGUAAGUCAAAUAGUCCCACAGUAGUAGGGCUUGGCCAAUAUCCAUGGUGAAUGGGAACUUUUUGAAACUCUAAAAAUGGCGCACACGCCUCUCCCUUAUAAAGCAAGAUUUUUCUGCAGCCGUUUGGCUGGCGUGAUGCGAAAAAUAAACGUAUUAAUCCACAAAAUCAGCUGAAUCCUUAGUCCUCAUACACAACAGUACGGCCGUUUAGUGAAGAGGACGCCUUCACCCGUACAUGUCACAGCGCCCUCCUCCUCAAUGCAAGACCGAAGCCGGAAGUCACUCAUUUUCAUGGUGCGGGAUUAAAAAAAAACUAAAUAAAUAUAGUGAUCGCUUCCACACACAUCCAAGCGGUCCAUAUCAUUCAGGAGCAUAAAAUACUGCAUGUAUUAUGAAAUAAACAUGCUUUUCCGUGUCACAUGCACUUGAUGCCAGAACAAACAUGCAGGCAUGGUGACAAACUACUAUUCAGCAUUUCACAAAUAGGAGGAACAUUGCACAAAAUCUGAGGUAGGCAUGCAAUCUAAAAAAAAAAAAUCAUAAAUAGACAAACUUUUUAAUUUACACUGACAAUGUCAACAAAAUAGACAAAAGAAAAUGUUCAGUUUCAGAAAUUUGACAAAUAGACAAGACAGCCAUUGCUUUAAAGGUUACGGGCUAGAAAAAUUAGUCUUUCCACAGAAUCAGGCUUUAAUGCUACUUUGUGACAGGUCACAAAAAUGUUUCCUCCUGUACCGAAUACGCUCCCAGAGAUAGCGUUCAGGUCGCAUCAGCGCUCUCUGGUGUUCAGGUGAUGUAAUUACAGUUUAAAUUGAUCGAACCUUAUUAUUCCUGUUGACAAAAAUUAUUUGACGAUAAUUAUUAUGGUUUUAUCGCCCAGAGUUAGCAUACCGCCACCUAAUGUACAAAAUGUGCAGCACCCAUUCCUCCACCCUAACGAUCUUUACAUCAACUUAAUGUCUUUCAAGAUCUUAACAAGUGCUUUUUACACACCUGUCUUCCUCUCCCCAACCAAUCACGCUGUUAAGAAUAAACCAAAAACUUUAUUUGAACGUUAGACUUUGUUAUAACAUACAUUUUUCAGGUAUCUAUCGUUUAACUAGCCUUUUUAGUUAGUUUUGAUGUAUGUAAGACAUUGUUAUUGUAAAAAAGAACAAAGGCUUCAGAGUCCUAUAUUUGCAUAUGUUAGUAUAGUUUAUGUUCUACACAUGAACAUUAAAACAGUUUCAAUAUUUUAAGGCAUUGUGUAAUUUGUGUUUACUUCUAUCUACGGUAUAAUGAUUGAAUGGUUUAAAAAAAAGAAUUGUCACUGAAAAAUGUAUUUUUUUCAUGCUUUUAAUCUAACAUGUACGUAUCUUAUCUCCCGUCAUCUCUUGACAGAAAAUGGCGUCGGUUUGCGCAUGUGCAGUAGCAAUCCUGUCACGAUCGGGUAAUGACAUGGUCGUUAGCGUUUGGUAGCGUCGAUGAACUGUUAGGUAAACUUCCAGAAAGCAUCUCAUCAAAAACACUGCUGCGGAAAUCCUAUCUCAGGCCGAUGUAAAGGCCUUUUAUUACAAUCCAACCGGUUCGCAACUUCUCUGAGUAACCCUGAAAGUGAUGCUAUGGCAGCUAGCCAGACAAAAUCCAUCCAGCCAUUCACUUUACUGUCUCUGUCUUUUGUAUUUGAUUGACAGCAGACAAUUCAUUGUGCUGGAAAACAAUAUAAUGAAAUAAAAAGGCUAUUGUGGAAAAAGGCAUUAUGAAAUAGAAAAAUACUAUAUGAAAAACGAUUUUAAUCUUGUAAAUCUUUUUCAUAAUGUUACCUUAUUUUACAAUUUAAGGGCAUUAUUACACAAUUUGUCUAUUAUUUAUCAAAAUUGUAUUUCAAAAUAUUAUUUAUUUAAAUUUGACACUUUUGGGAUACCGUAGGUGAGGAAUUAAAGCUGUUUCCUUGUCCCCCUAGUGGCCAAGGCGCACACAGUAGCACAAGUUGGUUAAUUCUUUACAUUCUAUUGAAUUACAGGAGUGUCAUUAUUUCAUGUUUUUAUAAAGUACUAUGUUAUGGAGUGCUGUUUUUGUUCAGAAAAAUAUAUUAUAAAAAGUUUUAGUUUUUCUUUUUGGGGGAGUCUGGAACGGGUGAAUUGCAGAUACAUUUGUUUGGAUUGGGGAAAAUUGAUUUGAGAUGAGAGUUUUUGAGUUACAAGUGUGACAGCACAGAGCAGUUGGAUGUUGUGGAACACUAGUGAGACAUGUGGCCAUCAACUGACUGAUUUUUGCUUCUUUAUUGACUGAAAUUGCAAACAAAAAUCACUCUUUUGACCACUGGCCCAGCCCCAACCUAAAAACUGUCACUGAAAAGUUAAAUAAAAGAGAUUUAAAUUGGGGGUGGGGGAUUUUGCACACUAGAAAUCAAUAUUGGGAUUGGGCGUGAUAUUGUUAAAUGUGCCAGUUGACUAUUCUUUCAAAAUAUUUUUGAAGACAUUUUUUUUUUUUUUUUAAAGGAUAAUUAUUUUAGAAAACAACUGGAGCAUUUAGCAAUAGUUUGCUUUUUAUUUAUCAUUCUGUGAAUAUUUAAUUUGAUGUUUAUUAUUAUGGUGAUGAUGUUGAUGAUGAAGGGUUUGAGAUUAACAUGGGGUAAAUAAAGUUAUUUAAAAAAAAAAAAAAGUCGACGUUUUGUUUAGUGCAACAUUUUUUUUAUUUAGCACAAAGACAAAAUAUUGAUAUGAAAUGUAAAUUUUGGGAGAAAUAAUUUCCCCACACUUUAACCAAUGCCAUGAAAUUUCCAAAUGAACUGUUAAGAACAUUCCAGAUGCCUUAAAAUCAAAAUACAAAAACUAAACAUGCUAACGUUAAAAUAAAGACGAAUACAAUGAUGCUGAAUAUACAUUAUAAAGUGCUAAGUAAUUUUGCUCUAUAUUUCCAUAAAAUAAAGUGAACAGUCAUACUUGUGGACGUUUGUAAAUCAAAAAUAUUGCCUCAAAAACAAUUUGGUACAUUUUGUUGCAUGCUGAAAUACUGCAAAUACAGACCAUAAUGGUUUAGCGACAAUUUUCUGGUAUCAUUAAUUGGCGUUUAAAUGUGUUAGUUUAAAAAAAAAAAAAAGAAAAGAACCAACAGGUUGCUACCAAAAUCUUACAUUAGAUUUUUGUCUACAUUAGCUCAAUGGUUGCCAUUGAAGGCGCUUGACAUCCAGUGCAGGAAAUGACGUCAAAUGGCCAAAAUGAGCCUUGCAUUGACUGCCACUAAAGGCCAUAGACAUCCAAUUCAUUGGAAGUGGGAGGGAGUCCAAUUCACAGCUUGUGUUUCUGUUUAUCAGUUGUUUUGGAGAAUAUCCUUCAAUGAUGACCUGACCCGUGUACCGAUAAUUGUUGUACCGCCAUAUUGUGAGCCUUGCUUAGCAAAUAGUAUCGCGAGGUACCCAGAGGUUCCCAUUACUAGUGCAAAGUCUGCAAAAAGACUUUAGUUUGGGACAAAGGGGGUCAAAGCCGUCAAGUCGCACAUGACAAGAGAAAAAUGUCAGUUACAGUGAUUUUUUUUUUUUCUUCAACAGAAAUUGUUGCAACACGGUUUGGUCUUGAAUGAUGAUAUAGUCAAUGUCUUAAAAUGCCUUAAAUUUGACUUUUAAAAGAGUGCAAGAACCCUGUAGGGAAAACAUACAAAACAAACCACAAAUUAGCUAGCUUCUCCGAUCAACAUCAAAGUUUGUAGCCACACGAAACGGUUAAUCUUUUGUUUUUAGUAAACAGGGAGUUUACCUUCCAUUUUCUAUGCAAUAUUGUUUUUUUCCUAUUAUUGAGCUUCUGAUUGACGAAAAUGAAUGGCAACAAACGUGUGUGCGUACAAUAUUUUUCGCACUACUAGCAUCGGAAUAUAAGGUGCACCUUCAAUGAAUGGUCGUUUUUUUUUUUUUUUUAAACGUUUACAUAUAUAGGGCGCACUGCAUUAUAAGGCACAGUAGUAGUAGUUAGGUUGCAUUGUGCAUCCACUAGAUUGAGCUGUGCUAAAGGGACUGUCUUUUAGGUGCGCCUUUAAAAAAUACAGGUAGUCCCCGGGUUACGACAUACUCGCCUUGCGUGAUUGCGACACGUAUUUUUUUCCAAAUUUUUUGUUUUUUUUAAAUAAUGUUGAAUUUUGGUUUGUGAUGCAUACUUUUAUCUUGGCUCAGGAAGUUUAUAGCAGGUAGUACUAAUGGCAUGCGAAUUAGAGCUCAUGUACACACGAAGAACAUAUUUGCGCACACGAAGAAGAGCGCACGCGCACUCACGAGGAAGGGCACAUUUGCAGGUAGUGACAGCUCCAACGAAGAAGUUGUGCAGCCGAGACAGAGCGAAGUAGGGGAUGGAUUAUAGCUGCAGGCCUGCUCGCACAUUUGUUGCUUCUGAACCAUCCACAGAGGCAACACCGGUGUAUGACACCUUUUGUACUGUUUGUUGUGCUUUUUAGAUUGUGGUCGAAUUCUUAGGGUGAGUUUAUGUGACUGUUUUUGAUGAUGUGCGGAUGCUAACUGAUACAUGCUAAUCGUUUGUGCAGAUUUAUUGCUGUAUCAGUAGCUGGUUGUAAACACAAAUUUGAAUUGCUGUUAUUGAAGAUGAAGAUAUUUUUAUUCUAGUUUCAUUCUGCAAGUGUUGAUGCCACAAGCAGAUGAAUAAAGUCCGCAAACCACACGGAUCUCUGACAUUGUCAUUUCAGAGCUUAGCUCGCUGUCUAGCUAGGACUUUCAGUGAUAUGAAAAAGUAUCUGAACCUUUUGAAUUUAUUCUUCCAUUAAUGAUUGCAAGUUGUCCAGGCCCUGAGGUAGCAAAACAGCCCCAAAUCAUAAUGCUUCCUCCACCAUAGUUCACAGUGGGGAUGAGGUGUUGAUGUUGGUGAGCUGUUCCAUUUUUCCUCCACACAUGACGUUAUUCCCAAACAAUUCAACUUUGGUUUCAUCAGUCCACAAAAUAUUUUGCCAAAACUUCAGCGGAGUGUCCAAGUGCCUUUUUGCGAACAUUAAACGAGCAACAAUGUUGUUUUUUUUUUUUUUUUACAGCAGUAGCUUCCUCUGUGGAGUCCUCCCAUGAACACCAUUCUCAGCCAGUUUUACACAGAGAUAUUGGACUGCACCAGUGAUUUCUGUAGUCUUUAGCAGAAACUCGAGGAUUUUACCUCUCUGAGUAUUCUGCGCUGAACUCUUGGCGUCAUCUUUGGAGGAUGGCCACUCCUUGGGAGAGAAGCAACAGAGCUAAAAUCUCUCCAUUUGUAGACAACUUCUCUGACUGUGGAUUGAUGAACAUCCAGACUUUUACAGAUGGUUUUGUGUCCUUUCCCAGUUUGAAACAAAUCAAUCCAUGAAUGCAGGUCUUCAGACAGCUCUUCUGACCGAGCCAUGUUGCACAUUAGACAAUGCUUCUCAUUAAGACAUUUCUUACCAGGUGUAGUUUAUAGUGGGCACGGCAGCUUUAAUUCACUGUGUGAUUGGGCACACACCUGACUUAAAAUGUUUGGUAAAAAUUGGUUUCAAUUGCGUCAAUUCAAUUAAGUCUCCUGAGGCAGAGGGCUCACUUACUUAUUUUCCCCUUUUCUGUCAUUGUUCGCAUGCUAUCCUCAUUAGAAUAUGAAAACCUAUAAAUGUUUGGGAGGUUUUAGUUAAGGCAGACACGGUAUUGUAAUCAGUGUGAUUUUGACAACGAUCAGAUCACAUUUGAUGAUUUGAUGCACAAGUGUGAGAAAUUCGAAAAGGUUCAGAUACUUUUUCAUACCGAUGUAGCUCCAAUUUCUUGGCGAGGACAGUACAAUGACGUAUAAUAAAUGUUUUUGGAUGGUUAU